AAUAAAACAGAAAAACCUUAAAUUCUUGUCUUUUUUUAAUAAUUAUUUUUGUUUUUAAAAAUGUAUUAUUGUCCGUGUAUGAGUGCGCAUGCGUGCAUCAUUAGAUUCCUAGUUAGGAAUGUUUCAAGAUUACCACCGUUUCUAGGGUUCUACCCUUUGACUAAAGAUUAGAUGGGUCGCACUUUUCGAAAAUUGAAAGGCAUUGAAUUUGACCUUGAAAGUGGUGAGAACACAAGCGAAGAGGAUACAAGCAAUGAUGAGAGAGGUCCAAUGAAUGGUUUUCCUUGGUCAUGGAAUGGGGUUCUGAAUUUAGAUGGAUCAGAAAAGGGUAAAAGGGGAAUUGGAUCGUGUAGUAACUCUUCAAAUUCAGGUGUUUUUGUUGGUGUAGAUGGUUAUAAUUUAGAAUUGUUGGGGGAAAAUGGAAAACAGAAGAAUAAGUUUAGUAAUCCAAGAAAGCCUCAAAAGCCACCUUUGCCUCCUAAAGGUCCAUCUUUGCAUGCUGGUGAUCAAAGAUUUGUGAAGGAAUUAGCUGAACUUGCGUUGAGGAAGCGCGCAAGGGUUAAGAAAAUGAAUGCAGUUAAAAAGAUGAAUGCAGGAAAAUCACCUUCGACGUCAUCGUAUACAAAUCUUUCUGCCAUGGUUAUCACUAUUGUUUUCUUCCUCGUCAUUAUACUCCACGGAAUCAGAUCUGCUAGCAGUGCAGCAGUUGGGAUAACAGGUUCCCCUGAUACCACGGUUGUAGCAGACGAGAGUUUAAUUUCAAUUCAGUAUCCUGCAAACUUCAACUCCAGUGAUGGAAAUGGACCUGGUUCUCACUUCCCAAGUGUGUAGUAUACGGAAAAUCUAUGUUUGCAGGAAGGAUGAGGUGAGAAUUUUGAAGAUUCUUUUCCACUCAAUGCCGGUUGAUUAGGUUAUUUAUCAUUAAUUUGAUUUGUAUCUGUUUUUGUACAGCCAUUAGGAACCUUAAUUAGUUGUUAAGUUUGCCUGUACAGUGACUUGUUUGGCAAUGUUUUGAAAAAAGGACUUCUGCCUAUAGAUUGUUUUGUCUUUGCCGACUUAACAUGUCGAUGACAUUUUUUUCUCCAUCCAUUUUGGUGAUGAUGACAUUUUGCUGA